GUAUUUUCUAUCAGUCCAGCGGCGUUCACACUUCUAGCCGGCUGCCAAAUAGUGUUUAAUAUUUUCCGCUUAUGGCCUCAAUCCGAUUAAACCCCUGGACUUCUCUAUAUAUAAGCUCCUCCAAAUGGUGAAUAUAUCCACCAUAAACUGGCUCUUUGUCUGCGGCCUGUCCUUCUGCCUGGGCGGAAUUGCGGUGCUCAGUUUCAUGCCCCUGGGAUCCGACUGCGUCUGCCCGCUGUCUAAUCCGCUGACCAGGCUGACGGGCGUCGGAGGAGCAGGUGCGGGGCAAAAGGAACCACUGGCGGAGAAGUUCCAGCAGCCGCAUGACCACGGUGCAUCCGCUCACAAGAUGGCCCUGCUGGUGCCAUUCCGGGACCGUUUCGAGGAGCUCCUCCAGUUCGUGCCCCACAUGACCUCCUUCCUGAGGCGCCAGGGCGUGGCGCAUCACAUCUUCGUGCUAAACCAGGUGGACAGGUUCCGCUUCAAUCGCGCCUCCCUCAUCAACGUGGGCUUUCAGUUUGCCAGCGAUGUUUACGACUAUAUAGCCAUGCACGACGUGGAUCUGCUCCCCUUGAACGACAAUCUGAGGUACGAGUAUCCCAGCAGUCUCGGCCCGCUCCACAUCGCCGGACCCAAGUUGCAUCCCAAGUACCACUACGAUAACUUCGUGGGCGGUAUCUUGCUGGUGCGCCGGGAGCACUUUCAGCAGAUGAACGGCAUGUCCAACCAGUACUGGGGCUGGGGACUGGAGGACGAUGAGUUCUUUGUGCGGAUCCGGGAUGCAGGACUGCAGGUGACGCGGCCACAGAACAUUAAGACUGGCACUAAUGAUACAUUUAGCCAUAUCCACAACCGCUAUCAUCGCAAGCGGGACACCCAGAAGUGCUUCAACCAGAAGGAGAUGACCCGCAAGCGGGACCACAAGACGGGCCUGGACAACGUCAAGUACAAAAUACUCAAGGUGCACGAGAUGAUCAUUGACCAGGUGUCGGUGACCAUCCUCAACAUUUUGCUCGAUUGUGAUGUUAAUAAAACGCCGUGGUGCGACUGCUCCGGAACGGCAGCAGUGGCCUCGGCGGUACAAACCUGAAGAUGGGUUGUGUUUAACCAA